AUGAGAGUGCAACUGCUGGCGCUGCUGGCGAGUAGCCUGGCGGCUCUGGGGUCUGCGAGAUCACCUGCGUCUGCGCUGGCGAAGGACCGGAUUGAGAAGAGGGAUUGGGCGUAUGAUGCGCAUACGAUUGAUCAACCGUGGCAGCUUGAAAAUUUACAAACGGGAAUUAUACAAAUUCUGAUGAAAAAGUUCGAUGGGCUUGGGGUUGUUCUUGAGAAUCGGUAUUAUGGCAAAAGUUUCCCGUAUAACACUACUACCACGGAUGAAUUGAGGUUCUUAACUACUGGGCAAACCAUUGCCGACAAUAAGUACUUUCGACAGCACGUCAAGUUUCCAGGCAUUGAUGCGGAUCUGAGCAGUCCCGACACACCCUGGGUCAUGUAUGGUGGCUCUCUUGCCGGCUCACAGGUAGCCUUCACGAUGAAAAUGUACAACGAAAUCUUUGCCGGCGGCAUCGGUAGCAGUGCCACAAUCACGACUGCAUCUCCCCGCAUCAUCUCCAUAAUCGACAAGAUGGACGCCCUAAUUGAGAGCGGCAACACCGCCGCCAUCCAAAAACUCAAAGACAUCUUCGGCCUCGGCUCCCUCUCCAGUCUCGGGGACUUCGCCUCCACCAUCGCCUUCCCCCUCGGCGGUCCCUUGACCUACCCAACAGGCACCUGGCAAGAGAUCAACUGGCACUUCUGCUCAAACAUCACAAACCCCUCCCCACCAGCCGCGCACCUCGACAUCGACACGGCCCUCUCCACCCAUUCCCACGGCGAGCCCUGGACCGGCCUCGGCAACUACGCCGCCUACAUCAAGAACGUCAUCCUGCCCUUCUGCACCACGGGCCGCAUCAACAGUACAGACUACGGCUGCUUCAGCACCCAAAACACGACUUUCUACGCCGACCCCACAAAUUCAAAUACCCGCUCCUACCUCUACUCCACUUGCACGGAAAUCGCCGCUUAUCAAACCGCGCCUCGCACGGGUCCCUCCCUGAUCUCGCGGGUUCUAACUGUGGAUUACAACCAAGGCUGGUGCAACGAAUCGUUCCCUCCAGGAACCUACACACGCAUCCCGCCUCUCCCAGAGAUUGAAUACAACAACGUCUAUGGCGCCUCCAACAUGCGCGUCAAGAACCUUGCGUUCAUCGACGGCGCGGCAGACGUGUGGCUCGACCAAUGCUACCAUUCUACGUUGCUGGAUGGGGUACGGGUGAGCAGUGAUGACCAUCCGAGCUAUCUGAUUGUGGAUGGGGGCCACGUGUGGGAUGGGGAGGGGAUUGGGGAUGUGGACAAGGAACCGCAGUUUAUGCGGGAGGCGCAUUUGUGGGAGAUGAGGACUGUAGAGAGGUUUUUGGAAAGGUGGAGGGGGAAGAAGAGGGGGUGA